AGCGGAACUGUUGUACGGUGGUCUGUGUUGCAACAGGACACCACUAGCGGACACACCCUGCUUGUUGUCCUUUUCAAAACAAAAAACAGCUUCCUAGACUUAGCUUCGUUUUAUGUUUCCUACACGUUCGAGAGUAACUCUUGACAUGAACUAUAACGCGUUACGUUGAUAUAUCGCCCGCUAAAGAGCGCGUAGCUAUCUCUCACCCGUCAGACCCCCAGAUCUCUUGGAGAACUAGCUUAUUAAAGCAACGCGAGGAACACGAAGGUGACGUAAGAAUGUGACCACAACUGGCACAAAGUCCGCCUCCAGCCGGUGUGAGAGAUCAACCGCCGCUUUCCCCAGUGAGGGCAUGCGUCCCUGGACGUGUCCAUUGCGCGAGAGAAUCCUCUCCGCUCCGCGGCGGUGAACCGGUGAGUCACAAACACCAGAGGGGACACCCGGGAUACUCGUUCGCCUGCAAGAUGCCCGGAAUCGUGGUGUUUGGUCGGCGGUGGGGGAUCGCCAGCGACGACCUGGUUUUCCCCGGCUUCUUUGAACUCUUCGUCCGUGUACUCUGGUGGAUCGGCACCAUGAUCCUGUUCAACUACCAUAAGGGCCAGUUCGAUUGCAAUGGCAGAGGUUUCCUCCACAGCUACCUGGUCGGACUGCUGGUUGUUCUGGCGCUCAUCAUCCUGUCACUGUGUGCGAUUGUCUACGUCAGUGCCCAAGGCACCAUCACAAACCCCGGCCCGCGGCGCUCCGUUCCGGCGCUGGUGUACCUGCGAGCCCUCCUGUACGUCCCCGAGCUGGUGUGGGCCUGCAUGGGAGCCGUCUGGGUGUCCGAUGACAGCAAAGGGUGCGAUCCCGCCAUGGUGGGUGCCGUCAUCGCCGCGGUGGUUGCCAGCUGGAUCAUCCUGCUGUUCACUGGGUUGGGCGUGGUGUUUGUGUUCGACCCGCUUGGCGACCCCCGCGCGCCGCACGCCGCCGCGGAGCCGCUGGGAGUGCGAGACCUGCAGAGCAACGAGGGCGCCCAGUUCCUCUCCACGGCGCGCGCGCUCGCCGUCAAGGUGUGGGAGAGCCGGCUGCGCCUGCUGUGCUGCUGCCUGCCGCAGGACGAAGGCCACCGAGCGGCGUUCUCCAGCAUCGCGCAGCUCGUCAGCGGGUUCUUCUCCGACACGGACCUGGUGGCCAGCGACAUCGCAGCAGGCUUGGCGCUGCUGCACCAGGAGCAGGAUAAGAUGGCGCAAAGUAGGGACCCGGACCUCGUGGAGGAUCACAGCCCUUCCUCCCCCAUCGAAGAAGAUUUGGAGGCGGAGCUGGAGAAGGCGGCGCACUGCAUGCGGUUCGCCGCGGCGGCCUACGGCUGGCCGCUGUACAUUUACUCCAACCUCCUCAGCGGGCCCUGCAAGCUCAGUGGAGACUGCUGCAGAAGUCGCGAAGCCGAGUACGAGAUCGUCGGAGGCGACCACCUCGGCUGUCAGUUUUCAUCCAUCCUGCACAGCACCGGCUUGCAGUACAGAGACUUCAUCUACGUCAGCUUCCACAACCAGAUCUACGAGAUCCCGUUCUACGUGGCUCUGGAUCAUAAGAGGGAGGCGGUUCUGGUGGCGGUCAGAGGAACGCUGUCACUGCGGGAUGUCCUCACAGACCUGUCUGCUGAAUGUGAGAACCUGCCCAUAGAGGGAGUGUCUGGAGCCUGCUACGCCCACAAGGGCAUGUGUCAAGCGGCGAGUUACAUCUACAAGAAGCUGGUCAACGAUGGCAUCCUGAACCAGGCUUUCACCAUUGCACCGGAGUAUAAACUGGUCGUCACUGGUCACAGUCUGGGUGCCGGCACGGCGUCACUGCUGGCUAUCCUCUUGCGCAAUUCCUUCCCCAACCUGCAGUGCUACUCAUUCUCUCCACCAGGGGGCCUCCUGAGUAAAGCGUUGGCUGAUUACUCCAAAGACUUUGUGGUCUCGGUUGUGCUGGGAAAGGAUCUGGUUCCCAGACUGAGCAUUCCCAAUAUGGAGGACCUGAAGAGAAAGAUUCUCAAAAUAGUUUCAAACUGCAAUAAGCCCAAGUACCGCAUUCUGCUGCAGGGCUGCUGGUACGAGCUCUUCGGCGGAGACCCGGAGGACUUUCCCACCGAGAUGGACAACAGGAGGGAGGAGGAGCUGAGCCAGCCGCUGCUGGGGGAGGAGUCGCUGAUGAUUCGCCAGUCCUCGUCUUAUCAGAGCCUGGCGUCGGACGACUCUCCGGCCCGCACGGCGGCCCACCUGCCGCUCUUCCUGCCCGGACGCAUUCUGCACAUCACGGAGGACGGGCCGUCGCGGAGAUCCUGUUUCUCCCAGGUGCGCUACCGGGCCGACUGGUCGACCGAGAUGGCGUUCAGGAGUGUGAUGAUCAGUCCCAGGAUGCUCGCGGACCACAUGCCCGACGCCGUGCUGCAAGCGCUCAAGAGCCUGACCAGCGAGAAGCCCUUCUCCCUCUGCCCGUCGUCUCUCAACGGCAACCAGCACAACGUCGUCUGAGAUCAUCGCUCCACGCCGAACACUUCACGCUCUUCAUUUGCAUCCUGCGUGCAGACCUGAGACCGAAGCCCCCUUUGUCCCGUAAAGACACUUGGGAACUAGACCGAACGUGGUCGUGUCACAUUUUUAGGGGGCUCAAGAACUUUUAUCGAAUUGCACUUUUUAGUAAUUAUUUAAACCAUUCUUGUUAAGUUACUCUGCGAGCAACUUCAUGCUAUGAUCUUUGAAUGUGCAUUGUGCAUAAUAUAUACAUUUUAUGUAGAGGUUCGUCACUUAAACGUGUCCGAUGAUGACCUCCUUACCCGUGGGGACGACUGGGGGGCAGUCGCAUCCAGGACACCGGGGGUAUAAGAUGAGGACUGGAGCGCUGCAUCUUCAUCGUAUCGUAACUGUGGAUCGUCUGUCUCGUGUUGUAUUGUCUUGAAACAUCAGGUGAACAGUGCCUAUGCAUUUCAGAGAACAACUAAGAAGACAGAAUUGCUCUACAACUGUAAAGGGAUGAGUGCAGUGUGUUUACAGUUGUUGUUCUGCACUCCCUGAGUAGUGCAUGGUGUAAAAAGAAAAGAUAGAUGGACGUUAAGGGUAUGAAAGAUUGUACGUUGUCUCUGGGAUCAUGUUUACUUGCCAUGGAUAUCGCUGUUUUUCAGAUAAUGUAUGAUAUUGGAGUUUAAAUCGAAUGAUACCUGCAUAACUAUUCCACAUUCUCAAAAAUAUGCAUUGGACGCCUUGAUGCAAAUAAAAAGCUCUUGUGAAGCACAA